GUCUGAAUCGUUCAUUCAUGAUGUACGCUGGGUUUCUGUGUGUCCUUAUAGGCGCCUUCCUGGGACUAAACCACGGUGAUGUGGUGUCUGACUUCAGCCCGUGUUUAAAGUACUUCUACAAAGGGAAAGUGCCUCAGUUGGGGUCGGACACCCCCGGGGCAGCUCGACUCUGCCAGCGCUUCCAGAACCGGUUUCAUUUUGCCACACUGUACGACACACACCACCGCAUUGCCGUCUACUCUGCGUACGUUUUUGAGCCCAGCAAUGGUGGAGGCAGAGAGAAUCGCUGGUUUGUGGAGCCCCAGUUGGUGAAUCAGAACUGGGCUGGGGAAAUGAGAGAGGGAUACCGGCUGGAACAGAACUAUCCUGGUGUCUACCUGGGUGAGAGACAGGCUCUGAAUGAGGAUUUCACUCACUCAGGGUUUGAUCGUGGUCACCUCAACCCUAAUGGACACCAUGCAGUGCCGAGCCGUAAUGCUACGUUCACCCUCACAAACGUCGUGCCUCAGAACCCAAAACUGAACCAGAACUCUUGGGCCAAACACGAGUCCAUGCUAGCGAAGAUGUUCAGCACUCAGUGUGACAAAGCCUACGUGCUGGUUGGUGCCAUUCCUUCUGCCGACAACUGGAUCAUCAAGAAUAAUGUCAAACGUGUCAAUAUCCCAGAAUACAUAUGGAACGUGUACUGCUGCAUCGACCGCAACGGCUCUCCUGUUCGCAGUGGAGCUGCGUUCGCCCUCAACACUGAGCGGAACGUAGUUGAGCAGUGCACGCUGAGUGAAAUGGUUAGCUUCCUCCAGCAAUACUCCAACACACCAGUAGGGGAGCUGUUCCAAAAUCAAUGCCAGUAACAGCUUAACAUUGCUGCCCACACUACUGAUUCACUUUUAAAGCCUGACACAGAAUAGCAUGCAGAAAUCCAUCAAAAUUGUAGAUCUGUAUAAUGGUUUUGGUAUUUUUGGUAAGCCACAACUAAACCUUAUAUAACCUUGUGGUGGUACCUGGAAUUACACCCUAAUGAAGCAAAUGGUGUUUGACUGAAACUUUUAUAUCAGCGGUGAUGUAGUAAAGUCAACAUAAUCGGUCAUUAAAUUAGGAGCUUAUUUUUUAGUCUUUGGAUAAAUCAAACAUACAGAGAGGAUAUUUUCUGACAUGUUGGGUGAUGUGUGAUGUCACUUCCUGUGGCUUUUUCUUACUCUGAAAUACACAAAGGAUCUUUAUAGGAUCUUUAUUACUGUACACAGGGUUUUUAUUAAACACAUGGAUCAUUUAACUGAAACUAAAAUCAUCUCAACAAACUAAAAUAUUCAUAUUUGUAUUGUUAUGUUGAAAUGAAACAGAAUAUAAUAAAAGCAUCAUCAUCAUCAUCA